GGCUCCUGCUCGGUGGUUUCUCGCUCGCCAGUUUCUCCGUUCGCCUCCCAGCAACGCGACGGCUCGAGCAGCUCCGACCGACUCCUCGCCCGGUGGCCAGCGGCGUUGGGCUGAUGAUGUUGGGCGAUGCGUUGCCCUCCCCACUCUGCGAGCCGUGGUAGCGCCUCGGGAGGCGAGCGAGUCGAUCUCUCUCACGCCCAUCUUAUCCGACCGAUCCUGCCCCCCCUUUUCCCCUCGGGAGGGGACGCCUGAGGAAUCAUCAUGCUUCUCGGAGGACCCGAACCGACAGCCGCUGCCGCCUCCCGACUCCGCUUCAUCUGCUAGGGCUCUGGGAAUAUAUUGCGAUUAUCUGCACCGUUAGAACAACUACCAGGGGUCCCCCCCCCACCCAUUUCUUGAAAAAAGGAGCGAAUGGAAUGAUCGCUUUGGAUCCUGCAUUUUACGAUCCUCUUUUCCACACGGUCUGAUUCAUCCGUCUUCCCUCCUUUGCAUUUGCACCGCCGCUCCGAGGCACCAGACGGCCGCCGCCGAGCCUUCCGGCAAGAAAGAAUUUUUUUUAAAAAAAUCGCACCCCCCCUACCCAUUUGCUCCCCAAACAUCAUUCUUCUUAUGUGGAUAUGCAAGCAAGAAGAGGAGCCUGGAUACUCCCAACAUGCUCACUCCCUUAAUCUGUCCGCCUAGAGGUUCUGCUUCUACAAACGAAGGGAGUGUAAGAGCUGAAGAUGAGUCCUGGAGCAGAGUGCUGUUCUUCAAAGUUCUGGCUUAUGCUGGCUGUCUUAGCAACAACAGGUGGUGGGGCCUGGGCCCAAAAGCACCAACCUAGCAUUGGCAUUGCUGUCAUCUUGGUGGGUACCUCUGAUGAAGUAGCCAUCACGGAUGCCCACAAGAAAGAUGACUUCCAUCAUCUCUCUAUCAUGCCUCGUGUGGAACUGGUGGCCAUGAAUGAGACAGAUCCCAAGAGCAUCAUCACCCGCAUCUGUGAUAUCAUGUCUGACCGGAGGGUUCAUGGUGUGGUGUUUGCCGAUGACACAGACCAAGAAGCCAUUGCCCAGAUCCUGGACUUCAUUUCUGCCCAGACCCUCACACCCAUUCUGGGUAUCCAUGGAGGCUCUUCCAUGAUCAUGGCAGACAAGGAUGAAUCAUCCAUGUUCUUCCAGUUUGGUCCAUCAAUAGAACAGCAAGCUUCCGUUAUGCUCAACAUUAUGGAAGAAUAUGACUGGUACAUCUUCUCCAUUGUCACUACCUACUUUCCUGGCUAUCAGGACUUUGUCAACAAAAUUCGCAGCACUAUUGAGAACAGUUUUGUGGGCUGGGAGCUAGAAGAGGUUCUUUUGUUGGACAUGUCUUUGGAUGAUGGAGACUCAAAGAUUCAGAAUCAGCUUAAAAAACUACAGAGUCCUGUCAUCCUCCUUUACUGUACUAAGGAAGAGGCCACCUAUAUCUUUGAGGUGGCCAACUCUGUGGGUCUAACUGGCUAUGAUUACACAUGGAUUGUGCCUAGCUUGGUAGCUGGAGAUACAGACACAGUGCCCUCUGAAUUCCCCACUGGACUUAUCUCUGUGUCAUAUGAUGAAUGGGACUAUGGCCUUCGAGACAGGGUGAAAGAUGGAAUAGCCAUAAUAACCACGGCUGCUUCUGACAUGCUCUCUGUGCAUGGCUUCAUUCCUGAAUUUAAGAGUAGUUGCUACAAUACACAGGACAAGAGGAUUUACCAGUCUAACACACUGAAUAGGUAUCUGAUAAAUGUCACCUUUGAAGGAAGGAAUUUGUCUUUCAGUGAGGACGGCUACCAGAUGCACCCCAAACUGGUUAUCAUCCUUUUGACCAAGACAAGAACGUGGGACAGGGUGGGCUGGUGGAAGGACAAGCGCCUCAAGAUGAAGUAUUAUGUGUGGCCUCGUUCUGAGCUCUAUCCUGACCGUGAGGAACGGAAGGAUGAUCAUCUUAGCAUAGUAACCCUAGAGGAAGCACCAUUUGUUAUUGUGGAAAAUGUGGACCCAUUAAGUGGUACCUGUAUGCGAAACACUGUUCCGUGCCAAAAAAGAAUCGUGACAGAGAACAAGACAGAUGAGGAAACUGCCUACAUCAAGAAAUGCUGCAAAGGUUUUUGUAUUGAUAUUCUCAAGAAAAUCUCCAAGUUUGUCAAGUUCACCUAUGACCUUUACUUGGUAACCAAUGGCAAACAUGGGAAGAAGGUCAAUGGAACAUGGAAUGGAAUGAUAGGCGAGGUGGUAGCCAAACGUGCCUAUAUGGCAGUGGGAUCCCUCACCAUAAAUGCAGAACGCUCUGAAGUGGUAGACUUUUCUGUACCCUUCAUUGAGACAGGAAUCAGUGUAAUGGUGUCGCGAAGCAAUGGGACUGUCUCACCUUCUGCCUUCUUAGAGCCAUUCAGUGCUGAUGUGUGGGUGAUGAUGUUUGUAAUGCUGCUUAUAAUAUCUGCGGUGGCUGUCUUUGUCUUUGAGUACUUCAGCCCUGUGGGAUACAACCGAUGUCUGGCUGAUGGCAGAGAGCCUGGUGGUCCUUCUUUUACCAUUGGCAAAGCUAUCUGGUUAUUGUGGGGCCUGGUAUUCAACAAUUCUGUGCCAGUGCAGAAUCCCAAGGGAACUACUAGCAAGAUCAUGGUGUCUGUGUGGGCUUUCUUUGCUGUCAUCUUUCUGGCCAGUUACACUGCCAAUUUGGCUGCCUUUAUGAUCCAGGAAGAGUAUGUGGACCAGGUGUCUGGGCUGAGCGACAAGAAGUUCCAAAAUCCAAAUGCUUUCUCGCCACCUUUCCGCUUUGGGACAGUUCCCAAUGGCAGUACAGAGAGGAAUAUCCGCAACAAUUAUGAACUGAUGCAUGCCUACAUGGUGAAGUUCAACCAAAGAUCAGUGCAAGAUGCCCUAUCCUCACUGAAGACAGGGAAGCUGGAUGCUUUCAUUUAUGAUGCAGCUGUGCUAAACUACAUGGCUGGCAGAGAUGAAGGCUGCAAGCUGGUGACCAUUGGCAGUGGGAAGGUCUUUGCUUCAACGGGCUAUGGCAUUGCCAUCCAGAAGAAUUCUGGCUGGAAGCGGCAGGUGGAUCUUGCAAUCUUGCAGCUUUUUGGUGAUGGGGAGAUGGAGGAGCUAGAAGCUCUCUGGCUCACUGGCAUUUGUCAUAAUGAAAAGAAUGAAGUAAUGAGCAGCCAGCUAGAUAUUGAUAACAUGGCCGGUGUCUUCUAUAUGUUGGGAGCAGCCAUGGCCCUCAGCCUCAUCACCUUCAUCGCCGAACAUCUUUUUUACUGGCAGUUCCGCCAUUGCUUCAUGGGUGUCUGCUCAGGCAAGCCAGGUGUUGUCUUCUCUAUCAGCAGGGGCAUUUACAGCUGCAUCCAUGGAGUGGCUAUUGAAGACCGCCAUUCUUCUAUGAACUCCCCCACAGCCACCAUGAACAAUACACAUUCUAACAUUUUGCGCCUGCUUCGUACUGCAAAGAACAUGGCAAACCUUUCAGGUGUCAAUGGCUCACCACAAAGUGCCCUGGAUUUCAUCCGCCGUGAAUCAUCUGUCUACGAUAUCUCUGAACACCGCCGCAGCUUCACUCAUUCUGACUGCAAGUCUUAUAACAACCCCCCCUGUGAAGAGAAUCUUUUCAGUGAUUACAUUAGUGAGGUAGAAAGGACCUUUGGCAAUCUACAGCUAAAGGAAAGUAAUGUUUAUCAAGACCAUUAUCACCACCAUCAUCGCCCCCAUAGCAUAGGUAGUGCCAGCUCCAUUGAUGGACUGUAUGACUGUGAUAAUCCACCUUUCUCUGCACAGCCUCGAUCUCUCAGUAAGAAGCCAUUAGAUAUUGGUUUGCCACCGGCCAAACAUGGCCAGCUAGGUGACCUCUAUGGCAAGUUAUCUUUUAAGAGUGACCGAUACAGUGGAGGAGGGGCACAUGAUGAUUUGAUCCGCUCGGAUGUCUCAGACAUAUCCACCCAUACAGUGACUUAUGGCAACAUUGAAGGUAAUGCUGCAAAGAGGCGAAAACAGCAGUACAAGGAUAGUCUAAAGAAGCGCCCAGCCUCAGCCAAGUCACGGAGGGAGUUUGAUGAAAUUGAACUGGCCUAUCGUCGGCGUCCCCGUUCUCCUGACCACAAGCGCUAUUUCAGGGACAAGGAAGGGCUAAGGGACUUCUAUUUGGACCAGUUCCGGGCAAAGGAGAACUCACCACACUGGGAACAUGUGGAUCUGACAGAUAUUUAUAAAGAGCGGGGAGAUGACUUCAAGCGUGACACUAUAGGGGGAGUAGGGACGUGUACUAAUAGAACCCAUCACAAACACGGGUCGGGAGACUUUGGAGCAAACAAUGAGCACAAGCACAGUGUUGUGAGUGGGGUACCUGCACCAUGGGAGAAAAACCUCACCAAUCUUGAUUGGGAGGAACGGCCAGGGGCAAAUUAUUGCCGUAGUUGCCCAUCUAAGCUGCAUAACUAUACUUCAACUGUGGUGGGACAGAACUCCACCCGCCAGCCAUGUAUCCGGUGUGAAGCUUGCAAGAAGGCAGGCAACCUCUAUGACAUCAGUGAGGACAACUCCCUCCAAGAGCUGGAUCAGCCAUCUGCUCCUGUUCCAGUGGCAACCAGCACCUCCACCACCAAAUAUCCUCAGAGCCCUUCCAACUCCGCCUCCAAGGUGCAGAAGAAGAAUCGCAACAAGCUCCGCCGGCAGCAUUCGUAUGACACAUUUGUGGAUCUGCAAAAGGAAGAUGCAUCGCUGGCCCCCCGCAGUGUGAGCCUGAAGGACAAGGGUCGCUUUUUGGAGGGAAGUCCCUAUGCCCAUAUGUUUGAGAUGCCAGCAAGUGAAUCCACCUUUGCCAACAACAAGUCCUCAGUGCCCACCACCAGCCACCAUCACCACAACAAUCCUGGCAUUGGUGGUGGUUACAUGCUCAGCAAGUCGCUCUACCCUGACCGGGUCACACAAAACCCUUUCAUCCCCACUUUUGGUGAUGACCAGUGCUUGCUCCACGGCAGCAAAUCCUAUUUCUUCAGGCAGCCUGUGGUGGCAGGGGGGCCCAAGGUGAGGCCAGACUUCCGAGCCAUUGUCACCACCAACAAGCCGGUGGUCUCGGCCCUUCAUGGGGCUGUGCCAGCCCGUUUCCAGAAGGACAUCUGUAUAGGGAACCAGUCCAACCCCUGUGUGCCUAACAACAAAAACCCCAGGGCUUUCAAUGGCUCCAGCAACGGGCAUGUUUAUGAGAAACUUUCUAGUAUUGAGUCUGAUGUCUGAGUGAUGGGGAAGAGCAUGGGAGGGGCUGGUGCAGGAAAUGUGAAGCGUGGGAGGGUCAGGUGGUGGGUUCAGACCUAAUUCCCAUUUGCUACUCUUCUGCUAUUCUUCUUUUCAUUGUGGAAUACUGGAGUUCUGCUUAGGCAGUACUGUUGAGAAGUGCCACCUCUUUCUUUCCCCACUCUCCCACCCAUUGAUCUCUUUUCAUUUCCCCACUCACAGUUCUCUUUCAGGCCAUCACAUCUCAAAGUAUAGUAGCUUAGCUUGUGUUUUCACUGUUUGAAAGGCAGAGCAUAUUUGAAGUGAGGUCAACACAUGAGUGGGGUCAAUGGCCACAGAGUUUGGGGUUUUCUUAGCAUCAAACAGAAAGUUCUUUCAGAUAUGAGAAUGUAUCAGGAGGUGGAGAGUAGAAGAGAUGGAGUGACCACAAAGAAGAUAUAAUUCUUCUUAAAUUUGUAAUUUUAAGCAAAAUUAACAGGGCAUGAAUAGUGUGGGAUCAACUUAAUACAAUAUGUCUUGAUUACAUGCAAAAAGUCAUUCAGUACUUUUAUGAAGAUUUUGUGGGUUAAAGGCUGAAAUAUGCAGCUGCGUGUAUACUGAACAAACAAUGUAAUGAAACUGGGAUAUUGUUACUGUGGGAAGGGGAGGUUUGACAUGAUUGCCACCUGGCUAUUUGUCUAGUCAUAAUAACCCAAUACAAUCACUUCUGAAGGGUGAGUGGAAUGACAGAAGUGAAUGCCAAUGAAGCUUUUAGCAAAAGCACUGGAAAAAUUACAUUGGGGUGGGAAAUCCCAGGGGAGGGGCCAACACCAGGUUUUAUCUUAUUCAUGAAGAAUUUGUUGAUUUUGAAUUCAUCAGAUUUCAGACGUGGGUUGGCUGAUGCAGAAGUUUACAUGAAUAACAAUUUACAUAAAAUGUUUUUAUGCUCAAUAAGAAGUUUUAAUGUGACAAACGCAGCAGAGCAAGCUUUUGCAGUGCAAGAGCAAAGCCAAGUUGGCAACGUAGACUCCACUAUUCAGGAAACUUUGUUCUGAGUGGUUUAAUCUAUAAGAGGGAGGGAGGCCUCAGUCAUCCUUCCCUCAUUUUGCCCAUCAUGCAAAGUAAUUUUGCAAGAAGAAUAUAGAAAAGGCUUUCUCUGCUGGUGGAUCAUGAGGUACUUCCUCUGAACAGAAAGUAGGAGAGAAAUGGUGUGGAUAGUGGCAGGAACAGGGCCAGAACAAGGAUCUGGCUGCACAACUCAGACAUAUGUAUAUGUGUAUUUAUUGAAUAUAUACUUAUAUUUGAUAAUAUAGCAUUAUGGAAAUACAUGGCUUGUCUUCCACAGGGCAUGAGGAGAUGAAGCAUCAGAUCCCACAGAUGCUGUGGUAGGGACUGGAGAGUAGAAGUGGAAAGAUUUGGGGAAGAGAAUUACGAAGAUCAGCAGGUGCUGAGCUGAACAAACAGUAGUCUUUAGCAACAUUAGAGUUGGCCUGGCCCUGUUCUCAGUGCAUGUGGAACUGGUACCAGCAGUUGUCCUGCCAAGGAAUCACUGUAAAUGCAAGUUAAACUCCAUACAUGGAAGGGUUGGUAGAAGAAAUGAGAUUGUUUCAUUUACAGCAGGAACCCUCAGGUAAGGGCAACAGGUCUGCUGUUGCUUCCCAAACAUGUGGCAAAGCAUCUCACUUUUUCUUAGGUCUGUUCUACUUUCCUAACAGGAGGGCUCAAUAAAAAGAGCUCUUCUGAUAUAUGGGACCCGUUGCAAUGGAACUGAAUGCAUGUAGAGACACAGACCCUGAACUUUUGGAAGCAGCCAUUCUUUUUCAAGCCACAUUUCUUGUAGCUGAUUCUCCUCUCAUGUAUCUUUCACGCCACACUCCAGUUGGGUUUAUCUUAAUAUCUUUCUUGCAUUCAAGCCAACAGAAGGCCUUGUUUUUUUUCAUAAAUGGGGUAGGGAUGAGCCUGAACAUUUUGUGACAUGGGAACCCUCCCUUGCUGGAUUCGCUGAGCAAAUGAUGGAAGAUCAGUGUUAAAUGUGCUGCCCUCUCUGUUGCUGGAGGAGUCGAACACCUCUCAGUUCCACUCCUCUUUCCCAUGUAAAAGGAACACUAUAUUUGCUUAGCAAUCUGCAGAACACAAAGUGAUGAGGCUGAAUCCUCCAACAAGGGCCAUCGAGAAGGUAUUCAUUUCAUUUGUAAAUAUUUUUUUCUAUUGCAUUUUGUACAAACUAGUGCUUCUCUUCUUGUGAAUAUUCAGGUUUGGAGAGGAGAAAAGUUUAGGUUGUUUUUUCCCUAUAACUUUCAGGCUGCGAAUCUGGAAGUGAUUUUAUGUGGGCCCAGGCCAAAGUGGGGGAGAAUGAGACAAAACUGCAUGCAUUGAAUACCUCUUUCUAAUCAAUACCUGUCACCUUUUUUCUUCAUGGUUAGAAAAUGGUGGUACAUCACCUCAAGCCUUGCUAGCAGGGCUUUCAUGUUCAAAUGGAAGCAUACCAUCUCCCUCGCUUGAAUCUAUACCCCAUGCCACCAUCCUUAAAUGGUAUCUGGGUCUUGAGACAAUGUGCUGUUUUCCCUUGGUGAUGGAGUGGACCAUCAUUUUGAAUGUUCAGUUUAGACUAUCACCCAACACUACAGGGAUUUCUCCAAAGUUAUGUUGGUUUGGGAAUCUUAGGACUGGGAAAUCUCUUCAGUUUACUGUACUUCUUAAGGUUUAUUAGCAGCUAGGUUUACUGAUCAGCCAUCUCCUGGCAUCUGGUUCAGUAUUUCAUUCCCCUAGCCGAAACCAAAAAUAUUAGAGAAUGGUACUGCGGAGAAAACUAAACUGAAAAACAAACCAAAAAGAUGCUAACUGAACUUUCAGAAUGAUUCCAGAAUUGUGGUUCUGAGUAACAGUUUACCAUGGUUCUUGUUUUCUUGCAACCUUUUUCUUGGAUCCUAGCUCAAUUUGAACAUUGAAAACAUGUUUACAUAUAUAGUGUUUAGGAGCGAUAAUAUUAAAGUGCUUUAAGAAUGUGAAUUUGUCUGCUUUAAAGACAGAAUUGUUGGAGUUAGUCCAUCUGCAGAGAUUUUUAUCUUUUAACAUGUGAAAUCAACCUUUUGGUAUUUUCCAUUUAUGUUUUGUUAUAAACAUUUUUGUUGAUUUCCUUUUCCUUGAAAUUUUACUAAGAGGAACAGAGUUGGUUGGAUCAUU